CGCAGUUUACAUGCGCCGAACUUCUACGGAAACCCCCAAGACAUCAAUGUAAUCAAAACACCUUCACACUGUUCCUCUCCCACUGUUUCUCUAAAUUCGCGUUAUUCUAAAUUCCGGAAGGCUUCGUCCCAAACAAAAAUAAAUAAAUAAAACAAUGCCGCCAGUUCGGGACGAUGUGGAAAACAUCGGACUCAUAAUGGCGGCGGCCACGGAAACGCCGUCGGUCGAACCUCAAUCAGAGUCGCCGACCCGUAAAAUCUGGUUCAACGACCUCGAAAUCAAUGCUGCUCAUUCGGAAAUUCUCACUUUCCCCGCUGCAAGGAAACCCCAGUCGACGAUGUCGCACAACGCUCACUUCACCAAAAAUCCCAACACUGGUGACAAGAAAUCAAGGAAACAUUCGGAAGACUCCGACUCGGACAACUUCAAAACAGCAGACGACGACGACGACGAAAAUGAAGCUUCCUCCUCUUCCUCAACCACGACAGUGGGGAUUACAAGAAGCACAUCCACGCAAGAAUCAGCCAGGUGGAACAACGAACCCGAUCCCUUGGCGAGACUGCAAAAAACCCGCAAGCACUGCAAACACCUCAAGCAGCAACUCCAGGCAGCCCAAGCAGAACUGGCCACAGUUCGUGACGAACAAGGCUGGGCGAAUGACCUCGAAACUGAACUCCAGGGUCUGGAAUGGAAACUAAAGCUGAUGGAGAAGAUGAACUCGAACGUGUCUGCGGAGAAUAAGCUCCUCAAGCUCAAGGUCCACCAAGACAGUAAUAAUAAGGCGUCUGAGACGCACAUCAUUGGAUCCGACAUCAGGGCUAUUCAAGAGCAGCUCAAACUCAAGUUUAAGCUCAUGGGCAAGUUGGAAACCCUGAGCAAAAUGAAAGAUGUCCACAAAAGGAUGCACCAGGAAAAUGUUGAAAUCAGGCAACGAUUUCAGGCACUGACGCAAAAGGCCAAUGAACUCGCAAAACUGUACAAGCAACAGAAACAAAAAGUAGCAAAUCUAGAGAAUCUUGUGAAGCAGGAUCCUGGAACACAAACCCAACUUGAAGAACAAGUCAGCAACCUUCACUUGAAAUUGGCACACGUGGAGCAGGAAAUGGGAAAAUUGAAGGAGAUGGAAAUGCAAGAUUCACCACAGGAAUCUGAGCACCACAGAGGCAAACGUGAAGAUUUAGCAGAGAUGAAGGCCAUGCUAACAGACCAACUCGAGAAAUUGUCAGAGGCGAAAACGCAGGCCUUGGAACUGGAACUCUUGAAAGCCAGGCAAAGGAUUUCAAGAGAAAAAGAGCACAGGGCAUCACUGAUUGAUAAAUUGCAACACUUUCGCGAAAAAAUGCAGACUCUGAACCAAGCUGAGGCGAAAAUCGAUCAGCAACGUCAUGAAAUCCAUCGACUGAGCAAAAAGCUGCAGGAAUAUCAACACGAAAAUCGUCACCUCGGGCAAUCUCUCAAGGAAGCCGAUGAAUUGAUUUCGAGUCUCAAAGAAACGAAUUGCAGACAAGCAGAUGAAAUUCAAGAAUUGAAAAGGUCUCGGCUAAUGAAGGAAACCGUAAUCAGCACCAAGGACUCAACAACAGAAACUUUUCACACCGCCGAAAGCCAAAGCGAUCAAAAGGAUCAAAUUGAGAGUCUAAUCUCAACCGUCAAACAAGAAAUAUCCUCACUCAAGGCCCAGGAGCCAAAAAAUACCUCGUUCUCGGAAUUCACUCAACUGUCGGAGUUUGUCAAAAUCUGGAAAUCAUUAAAAGACCUCGUCAUCAGCGAUUCUGGCUCUGAUUCGCUCAAAAAAGAAGCAGUCGCAAAACUUUUCGCAGAGAAUCUCAAACUCAAAAACGCGUUGAUCUCACAUCAACGAGAAAAGGCCUCUGACACUCUGGACAAAGAAAAGGCUUGGUUUAAGCAGCAAAUGGACGAACUCGCCGCUAAAGUUCAGCUAGUUGCCAAUCUUCCAGAUAUAACCAGGCGAGUUUUGAUACAUGAGUUCUCGAAAGCUAAAGCGCGAUCGUAUUUCUACCACGAGAUGCGCAGAGUUACGCCAGAUGCGGAGAUUCUUCAGGCGUUGGGCAAAGCUGGUUUCGGCCUGGAACCAUUACCGAAUCAGGUUUCGCACCUCGAACCAACAUCCGUCGCUUGAUUGCCAGUUACGAUCCAUUCAACUUAAAGCGUUAUAGGAUGUACCACGUUUAAGGCUAGCGAAUACCCGGGGAAGUGUAUACUCGAAAAGAUCCCUCCUUUCUUUCGUUUGACAAUUUUUGCGCUGAAUUCUUUUUUUGUGUUAUUUACAAACUUUACAAUAUUUGGAAAUACAGUCGAGACGAUUCGGUCA